GGGGGAGGUCUGGACGUGGCAGCUUCCACCUCUCCAUCACCAUCACCUGCACCACUACAACUCCUCGUCGUUUGGGACUACAUCACCUGCGAUCUGCCAAACUACAUACAAUCAGGCGCAAGAAUGGCACGAUUGGAGGAACUGCCGGCAAAGGUGGAGCGACAGGCGCCAUCCAGCGCUUCCACCUCAUCCAAGCCGACCCGCGUGCCCGAUGGGUCGCACAACCCACACUUGUCUUCCGUAGCGUCCGCGAAUGCAGGCGAGCAAGAGGAUCAUACGGCAGGACCUGACCCGGCACAAAGGGACUUGAAGAGUCAUAUGCAAGGAUUCGACGAGAUGCCGCUGUUCAUGAGGCAGGUCAAGGGGGAUGAGCAGGGCGAGGAUGAGAACACUGCGCUGGAAGCGCUCAAGAGUCUCGCCUUUGAUGGGGAGCCGGAUGAGAUUGCGCAGAACUUUAAAUCGCAAGGGACAGACUAUUUCAAGGGAAAGAGGUUUAGGGAAGCGGCGGGAUUCUUUACGCAGGCGUUGGACGCGAACCCGACGGAUCCGUCGCUCAGGGAAGCGUGCUUGGGAAAUCGAGCGGCUUGCAACCUCGAACUCGAGAACUACGGAGCAGUCUUGCGGGACACUUCGGCAGUCCUCUCUCUCAAUCCGCGCAAUUCCAAAGCUUUUUACCGCGCUUCCCGCGCGCUGCUCCAACUGGAUCGGACGACCGAAGCUGUGGAUUGCUGCGACCACGCGCUGGCCCUUGGAGUGGAGAGCGAAAAGGCGGGACUGAAUGCUUUGAGGGAAAAGAUUGUGAAGAGGGAUGAAAGCAGAAAGAGAAGGGAAAACGAGAAGAAGGAGAGGGGGAGGAGGGAAAAGUUGGACAAGGAAGCGCUUUUGAAGGGGUUCCUGGCUCGAGGCUUGUGGAUCGAGACAUCCUCUCGGCCGCCCGACAACCCGCAUCCGGCACACUUUGAUCUCGAAGCCCAGCCGUCGAGUUCCUUGCCUCUUGUCACAUCCAACGGCGAAGCCAACACCGCCUAUCAGCCAGCCGACUUUAUCCGUACGCCCAUCAUCUUCCCCGUCUUUCUGCUCUAUCCGGCAGAAGAGAGGAGCGACUUCAUCUCUGAUUACCAAGAAGAUGUGCCGCUGGGGGAAUAUUUGGAUCGCAUGUUCCCACCAGGUGGCGAAGCGCUACCAUGGGAUAGCUCGGGCGAGUAUAGGACGGAUAAUUUGAGGGUGUAUGCGAGCACAAAGGCGAGACGCUUGUUCAAGAUUGGAAGAGGGAGAAGUUUGAGAGAGAUGAUUGAUUUGACUGCGAGAGAGGAAGACGCGCAAAAGAAGAUGAAGAGGGACGGGAUGAUCUUGCGCGAUGGCAUGAUCUCCCUCGUCGUCUUGCCUGCUGGUGAAAAGGAAAGCAAGUGGGUGGCGAAAUUCAAGAGGGAAAGGGAUCAGUCUACGGGGGGCGAUUAGGUCGAUCGGAAGGGUGUGCUCGAUGCGAUGCCAGUGGUCCGGGCAAGCAUCAAUGCAUAGGUUCCCU